AUCACUUACCUUCAGUCUCUCUCUAUAUAACAAGGCAAGGUUGAAUGACCAAGAACUCUUCACAUUUCUCAGUUUUUUCAGUGAACUUCGGAGAAUGUUAAACCAAUUACAGGGAUUCAAGUUUCUACUGCUUCUAUGGGGAACUCUUCUGGUUAUUGCCUCUCUGCCUAACCAUGGAUCAGGUGCAGAAUGUGGCGAUAAGAACAAACCAACAGUGAAACAAACAAAGGUGGGAUCUGGAAAUCCACCAAAAUUCAUGGUGGAAGUACAAAACAACUGCACAAUAUGCCCUGCAAUCAACAUUCACGUCAAAUGUGGAAGUUUUACUCAAGAUCUUGUAAACCCUAGACUUCUUAAAGUCUUGGGCAAAGGCGAUUGUGUUGUCAAUGCUGGAUUACCACUAGGUCCUCUGCAGAAGAUCUCUUUCAACUAUACUCACACUAAGUUUAACAUUUCCACUAGUACCUGGUAUUUUCAAUGUGAAUGACUAGAUUUCUUGAACGAUUGGAUUUCUGCUUGCUAAUUGUGCUUUUACACUGACUAGUGGCUUCAAUUCACCAAUUCAAUGUAAUUUUCAUGCUGAAGUCACAAGAAAAAGCAUCACAAGGCAGUUAAAGGAUUAUGCUAA